AACGAGACACCGACCAUCCGAAUUCCUCUUUCCAAGCUCGGUGCCAGCUAAGCUCUCAUCCAUCACCACCAUGCAGCAGCAGCAGCUCCUCCUCCUCCUCCUCGUCGUGGCUCUGGCGGUCGGCAUGGAGGCGACACCCCUGAAUGUCACCGGGUUGCGAUCGCUGCACAAACGCUACGUCAACAGCUACGACGGACCCAUCGACUUCUCUUGCCCGGCUCACCAGUCCAUCUACAUCAUCCACAGCAUCCACAACAACGACGCUGAGGACCGUAUCUGGGACUUCCGCUGCAAGGAGACGUUCGACGUGAGCCGCCCCGUCUCCUCCUUCGCGACCUCGUACGUGAACAACUUCGACGAGAAGCUGGAUUUCACCUGCCCCUUCAACUCCAUCGUGUCCGGCAUCGGGAGCUACCACAGCAACGACGCGGAGGACCGCAGAUGGAAGUUCACCUGCACCAUGCAGGCCAACGUCUGCAUGGGUGCGUGCCAGUGGACUGACUACCUCAACGACUUCGACGCGCCAAUCUUCUGGGUCACCCCGGACUCCCGGUACCUGGUGGGGGCGCACAGCUACCACAGCAAUGACGCCGAGGAUCGCAGGUGGAAAUUCCAGUUCUGCACCAAGGCCGCGUGCUAAACCAGCGGUGGAGUUUAGUUCUCCAAAUGAUAUUUUUUGCAUUUCAUGGCGUACACGCCACACGCUUGCAUUAACAGUGUAUGCAUCACGUAAGCUUUUAAACUUGCACUGAAUGUUUUAUAUGCGGGUGGUUCAGAGUAAAGGUGUCUUUCUAGUUUAUCGGAAAAAAGUUGAAAGCCAAGUGGAAGUGCAUAAUACAUGAUGCUCAACGCGCAAUUCACAGCAGUGGUCUAAAUACAAAACGUUAAACAAAACAUUAAACACCUUGGCAGAUUUAUCAGCGUAGUUCAGGAUCAUUUUGCUUGUGUUUGAGAAAAUGUGAACACGUCAUCAUCAUCAUCACCACGAUCUAUGAACAUACUCCGUCAUUUGUUUACACUUUCCUCUGUCUUGUAGUGCCAAUACGCUGAAGUAUUGCCACAUUUUUCUGGCACCAAUCUCUUAUGUCGUCGUCAAGAUAUUCUCUGUUAGGUCUUCAUCUCUUUUCAGUUCCUUGCAUUUUUCCGCACAUACUUUGAAUUUCCCUGUUGUUGUCUAUCCUACAUAUGUGUCGAAACAGUGCCAGUUUCAUUCUUAUCACUGCCUGCAUCAUCAGGUUGUCUUUUUGUACGGGCAACCUUUUUCCUACUUCCACAUUGGUCACUCUUUGGGUCCAGCACAGAUGCAGUAAUCCUCAUGUGGCAAUACAUUUCGAAUGCCAAUAUAUUAUCUCUGUCAGUCUUUUUCAAUGUCCAAGUCUCGCAGGCAUACACAGCUGUACUGAACACGCAUUGUUCCUCAGAUGCUCGGUUUGGUCUUGUAGCUGAUUUUUUUGCUUCUCUAGAUGUCAUUGAAAUCUUGCAAUUACUCCUUUGCCUUUACUCCAUUCCCUUACGUGUGAACGUGUAAUCGAAUGAAGCGGAGACCCUUUCGUUUUUCAAGACAUUCUCCUGGUCCGCGUAAAGCAAUUGUCCCACCGCGUUGAAGAUGCCUUUACGUCAGAGAAGUGCAAUUAUUUAGCAAUUUUGGGACAUCUGCUUUCACGCGCACGCUGCUCUACUGAACUUGAGUGCCAUUGAAGACCGAACGCACCACUCAACCACUGCUGUGAAUGUCGGCUUCAUUACACCCUGCUUGCUGUCCCGACCCCCAAAUAAAUGGUUUGCUGCCAUCUUGGAAAUACCAAGACUGAUUUUCACAUGCGGCCACAAGUCAAUUAGUUUGUGUGUAUGAAGCAUCAUUGCAUUGCUCACACAACUUUUAAAUGCUUCUUAUAACCCAGGUUUCCCCAAAACCCAGUUAGCGGAGCCCCACCAUCAUUACGUCGCAAAGAAGUUACAUUUCAUUUCAAAUAUGCAAAUAAAAGUUGCUUACAAAAUGCUCGAAGCGUCUAAUGAUUGCUCAAGUGGCGUCGCGUGACAUUGAUACCAAUUAAAAUUUUAAUGAGAGGAUCUG